UAUGCAUCAACAUUGAUAAGUUGUAUAUGUAGAUAUCCCUCUUUUAUUGGUAAAUUACUAAAAAAUGCUUCAAGUAAUAGCUCAACCAAUAUUCAUAAAUGCAAAUGAGCCAGGAGUUUUACUCACAGAUGCAUACUGUUGGAUCAGAAUGCAAGACUUAAAAGUAAGAGUAAAUUAAUUAUUCUAAGAGCUAUUACAUGAUUGUCAAGGGUAAUAAUAGCUUAUAAUCAUAGACUAAAUAUGAGUACUCUAAUUUGAGCUAGUAUUAAUUGGUGAGUCAUCAUAUAGGGACAAGAAUUCCAGUUAAUGAUAAGAAUUACACAAACUCCACAUUUAUUUCGUCAAGGUUGUCAUUCAAUGAGAAAGAUCUGUCUACACAAUAUAGGAAGGAGUUGGUAAGACAAAGAUAAUGAGAACUUUGUAACAAGUAUCUAUUCA